UCUCAAGGGUAUAUAUAUACAGUUUAGCCUUGAUCUCUGCACUUUGACGUGAUCCUGCGAGGGACUUGUGUGCGUGGAACGGUGGUGACUUUGCUGUGACUACCAGCGCGUACCUCCCCCCCCCCGUCAUUCUAGUUUUGCUCGUGAACUUGAUCCAUCUCCUGCGCUGCGGCACAAUUUCAUAUCCUGAGGGUUCUAUCUUGGCCUCACGACCACCGCUUAGCGUCUCGAACAUUUCACCAGCUACUUUGCCAGAUCAUGACCGCUGCGGGUUCCCCAGCCGAAGCGGCGUCUGCUCAAGGAGCAAGAACAGAAGCAGAAGCACCGCCGACACCAAUCAACUGCAAGCCGAAGGCGCUUGGUAGCAGCCUAUUCAAGUCGACAUGGCGCCAAGCCGACCGAACCAAGUGGAACUGGGCACAAAAGCUAAUCACAGGUGUUGAUAUCUGGCCGCUGGCUGCUGAACCACCGCAACAUGCCAAGGAUGCACCGGUACCUGUGCUCUCGGGGUUCACAUUUAACCGAUGGCUCGUCCCACGGGCGGCCGUGCCUUUCUUGUUGCACUGGGCCUGGGUCCGUUUCGUCACAUGCGGCGGGGUUGGAGCCGAAGACUGGCAGCAGUGCAGCUCGGGCCUGCAUCCGAUUCUCGCAUUUUUGUUCUACAGUAUCGCCUUCAAGCUCAUCGGCAUCCACUCCAUCAAGUGGUGGCGCGCCCUCGGCGGGCGCUACGGCUACUUUGACGGCGACAAGCCACGCGACGAGGUCACAGACGACAAGGUCACAGAUGUGAUCCUCUCGCUGAUCAGCACUUCCACCUUUCGCCCAAUCGUCGCCGCAUUCCUGAUCUACGACCGCACACUCGCGCCGCCCAAUUUUGGCGACUGGAAGGCGAUGCUGUUCUGGGUCGGCGUGCAGCUGCCGCUCCAGGUUAGCGCAUACUCAAUCACCCUCGACUUUUGGUUCUACUGGUACCACCGUCUCAUGCACGAGGUGCCCUGGCUCUGGAAGUUCCACAAGGCGCAUCACCGCACGCGUCACCCCAACACGCUGCUCACUCUUUUUGCCGACGAAACACAGGAAGUAUUCGACCUGGUUGUCAUCCCCUUCUUCACCUACUACACCCUGUCCUUUAUCCCUUUCUUCCACGUCAACUUUUACGACUGGUUCGCGAUCCAGAUGAACAUCAUGAAGAUCGAGCUCACCGGCCACUCCGGCGUGCGCCUCUAUUUCACACCGCCCAAUGCUGCACCGCUCGGCCUCUUGCAGAAGCUGGGGUUGGAGCUUAUCAUUGAGGAUCACGACCUCCACCACCGUUCUAGCUGGAAAGACCGUGGAGGAAACUACGGAAAGCAGACGCGUAUCUGGGAUUCGCUCUUUGGCACCACGCUCAAACGAGAGGAGUGCACCACGGAGAACGUUAAGCACGACGUUUUGGCCGAGGCUCCAUGGUAAGGAACAAGGGAAAAGAGGAAAGAGGAGAGCGGACUGCCGUCGCGACAAGUGCUACUGCAUGCUUUUGGAACGACCUAUCUCAUCUAUCAUGUAUCUUAUCAAGUUGCCGAGUUAAUUUCUAGUGUCACCGCACACUUGCUCAUGC